AUGGUACAAGCAUGGUUUAUGGAUUCCUCUGAUGAGGACCAGAGACUUCCACAUCAACUGGAUCCUCCACAGCCUGUCUCACUAGAGGAUCUGAAGAACUGUGGAGUAUUGCACUGGAAGGUAUGAAAUUUAGCGCAGGAUUGCUGUGCGAGAGGUCGCAAGUUCAAGGCCUGGACUAGUUCAAUAUUUAGGGUCUUAAAAUAACCCAGGAGAAUGUGUUAUGACAUAUGCACGGAAGAUCAACUGCUGUUUUAUCUUGUAGCUGGAUGCUGAUAAUUUUGAGAAGGAAGGAAAACUGGCAGAGAUUCGUGAAGAGAGAGGCUAUUCGUACAGUGAUUGCAUUACAUGCACUCCAGAGAGGCUACCUAACUAUGAGCAAAAGGUAGGUGUCUUUUCAGGUGGAUAAAUAUUUCCUUUGGCUAAAUUUUCAUCCAAGUAGAGCCAUUUAAUUAGCUGUACAGGCAAGAACAGGUCGGGUCACUCUGUGGUGUUCUUGGUUGAAACACUUUAUUCUCACAGUGCCUCUCUACCCAGAAGUAUAAAUAGGUACUAGAAAAUUGUCAGGGAAGUCUAAUGAAAUGUUGGGGGGUGGGGGGGGGGGGUAAAAUUGUCGUGCACUGGCAUCCCAUCAGGAGGCAAGUAAUAAAAAUUCCUCGUCGAUCUAUGCCAAGGAAACUGGGAUUAGCUUCCCCUGGAUAAUCCACAUGGCUCUGAACAAACUGUACCUUUUUUAUAUUACUUUAAGACAACUACAAAGCAAUAACUUAUUGCUUAUUGCUUAAAGGCAAUCAUAGGAAUUUGCAUACUGACAAACUGUUGUUUAUUACAAAUUUUAUGCAGAUCAAGUCAUUUUUUGAAGAGCAUCUUCAUACUGAUGAGGAAAUAAGGUUUAUUAUGGACGGCAGUGGCUACUUUGACAUAAGGAAUUAUGAUGACAGGUGGAUUCGCAUCUUUGUUGAAAAAGGUGAUCUGAUCAUUCUUCCUGCUGGGAUUUAUCAUCGUUUCACUUUGGAUGACAAGGUAAGUUCAGCUUCUGGUUUGAGUGUACACAGUAUACAAAAGAACAUGCAUAUGGGAGAAAAAAUAAGCUGGUGGCAGAAACCUGCCUGCUGUCAGACCAUUUUGCACCAAGUACUUUGUGAAUUUUGAUGUAAGAUAAAAGGUCAAUAAUAGAAAUAAGAGAGAUGGUAAGUUUUGAGCUUGGUAAAGAAAUAAAGAAAGAUGUUUUUUUCAGAAAAAAAUUUUGAGUCCCCAUGAGGAAUUGAACCUCAGACCUUCAGAGUAUGUAAUCUGAAGGUCUGAGGUUCAAUUCCUCAUGACGACUCAGAAUUUUUUUUCUAUGUUCCUUGCUUGUGACAAGAUGAAAAAACUUCUUUCUCUAAGGUCAAUAAUAUUGAACUUACUCUAACAUCAACAAUAACUCAAGUAUGUCCCAGAAUACUGAAAAUCAUUUCAUAGAGUGUUUCAAAUUUCAUAAAGGUGUUUUACAACAUUUAAGCAUGAUUCAGUUCAGCCACCUGGUCAGUCCAGACAUUUUCCAAUGACAACCCUGGGAAGUAGAUUUAACUUGCUUCGCACCUCAAUGGAGACUCCUUAACAGAGCAAGAGAGGUGUGCAUUGGGAAUUUAGUUCCAGUGUAUAAAAGAUGUGUUCUUUCCAUCCAAAAUAACCAAGGAGUCCAUUGAGAUUAGAGAGAAUUCAUGAAAGCUGAAGAGGGUGAAUCCUCUGACCUCCAAGUGUGACAAGGAUCUAAUUUCUUCUUAUAAUGUCACCCCUGAAUCAUACAUGUACAUUAACCCUUUAAACCCUAAGAGUGACUAACAUCUAAUUUCUCCCUACAAGAUCACUCCUGAAUCACACAUUAAGGUCAUGAGAAUAAAGGAAAUGGUCACCAGGGAAGGAACCUUUUGAUUGGCAAACAAAUUCUCCUUGUCAGCACCUCAGUAGAUGUAUAAAGAACUGUGUGGAGAAUUUUCAUACUGAUGUUAGGGUGUAAAGGGUUAAAGACAUGAGAAUAAAGGAAAUAAUCACCAACUAAAAAAGCUGUGAUGUGAUUUGAAACAAAUUCUCCUUGUCAGCACCUUAAUAAAUGUACAGAGAACAGUAGGGAGAAUUUGCAUACUGAUGUUAGGGUGUAAAGGGUUUUAAAAAACAUGUAUCUCUUUUGUUCUUAUUUAUUUUUUUUUUCUCUACAGAACUACAUCAAAGCCAUGCGGCUGUUUAUUGGUGAGCCAGUUUGGACACCUCAUAACAGGCCAGCAGAUGAUCUCCCAGCACGCUCUGAGUACCUGAAGAACAUGCAGGCUGGAAUAUUUUCAAAAGCCUAAAAGAACAAACCUUUCAGCUUUUCAAGGGAAUUUGAAUUAGAAAAUGGAGCUGGUAUUAAUGGAGGGACUUCUAGACCUUAGGAUCAUAACUGUAGAAAACACUUCAUCUAUUUAAGGGAAGAGAUCAUUUGCUAUAGAAGUUCGUAAUGAACACAUGUUGGAAACACCUUUCACUUGUUUGUGAUUCUUUGUGUUUUCCUAUGAAGUUUAAGGUUGGUUAUGCUGUGGCGAGUUGGUUAGUUUGUUCAGGUCAUUAUUUUGUGUCAUGGGAAAAAUGAUUUUACUCUCAUAAUGCCCUUGUGAAACUGUCUUGAAGCCAGUUGUUCAACAUACAUUUAUUUUAAUGUGGUUUUAAAAAAAAUGGUAAUUGUGAUUUGAGAAACUCUCGUCAGGGUUCAAGGUGCAUAAAUUAUUCUGAUUGGGUUGCUUAAAACAGAAUACAAAAAUUAGGAAUUUUCUGCAUACGAAACCUCCUUGAUGCCAUAGAGGUGUCUAAGGUCAUCCUAUACCAAGGCAGUUGCAAAUAAAUAGUGUCUCUGAUUCCUUGUUCUCCUUCUGCGCAGGGAUUCUAUACCUAGGAAAAAUUAAAGGCUAUGUGGAAGGAAAAACGCGUCUUUAAUUUUUUUGUAUUUUCCUGGAUUCUGUAAAAUUGAAGAUUGAAAAAAUGGACACCGC